UAUGCGAGCAAGAGUGUAACUGGAUACCAAGUACAUACCAAACCGCCAAAGCAAAGUUAAGCAAAGCACCUCACGAAAAAGUGGUAAUCCUGUUAACGAACUCCAACCCCAAACUGCAAAACCAUCCCAUUGUACUCUUGAAACAUUCCACCCCCAGCCUCUCAACAUCAACUUUUCCUUCGGCCUUCAAUACUCUGUCUCGCUCCUCCUCUGAAAGAAAUGGGUACGUGUUUGUCAAGAUUGUGUUGUCCAAGCUCAGUUGACAUCCCAAUAUCCUCCCCUCCAGACUCUACUCCUCACCAAUAUCGCCCCAUUCCAAUAAUAGCCCAAGAAGAACCUGUUCAGCCACCACCACCACCACCCUUUCCAAAACCACUCCCUUCAUACAAGCCGCCUAGCACACAUUCUGCACCAUCUUCUUCCCAGAUUGGACCAAUACUAGGGAAGCCUUGUGUUGACAUAAAUGCCUUUUACGAUCUCGAUAAAGAACUCGGAAGGGGUCAGUUUGGAAUCACAUACCUUUGCACUGAGAAAGCAACUGGCUUGAAAUAUGCAUGCAAGUCCAUCUCAAGAACAAAGCUUGCGACUCCGAAAGAUAUAGAAGAUGUUAGGAGGGAAAUUUCCAUAAUGCAGCAUCUGAGCGGACAACCUAAUAUCGUGGAGUUCAAGGGAGCCUAUGAGGACAGGAGGAAUCUGCAUUUGGUGAUGGAGUUAUGCUUAGGUGGAGAGCUUUUCGACCGCCUUGCUGCCAAAGGAAGUUACUCUGAGAAAGAAGCUGCUAGGAUUGGUCGGCAGAUUGUGAAUGUGGUUCAUGCUUGUCAUUUCAUGGGGGUGAUUCAUAGAGACCUCAAGCCUGAGAACUUCUUGCUGGUCAAUCGGGAUGACGAUUCUCCUUUAAAAGCAACAGAUUUUGGGCUCUCUGUCUUUAUCGAGGAAGGAAAAGUGUACAGGGACAUUGUUGGUAGUGCAUAUUACGUGGCCCCGGAGAUACUGAAACGAAACUAUGGGAAGGAGGCAGACGUCUGGAGUGCUGGAGUCAUAUUGUACAUUAUUUUAAGUGGAUUUCCUCCUUUCUCAGCUGAGAACGACAAAGGCAUUUUUAAUGAAAUCCUAGUGGGGCGCCUUGAUUUCCAAAGCUCUCCCUGGCCUUCAAUAUCGUCUGGUGCAAAGGAUCUUGUUAGGAAAAUGUUAACAAUGGAUCCUCGGAAAAGGAUCACCGCUGCCGGAGCCCUUGAACAUCCAUGGCUCAAGGAAGGUGGUGAAGCAUCAGAUACGCCUAUUGACAGUGUUGUGCAAAUAAGGAUGAAGCAAUUUAGAGCAAUGAACAAGCUGAAAAAGCUGGCUUUAAAGGUUAUUGCAGAAAACCUUUCAGAAGAAGAAAUCAAGGGGUUGAGACAAAUGUUCAACAACAUGGACACGGAUAGAAGUGGUACCAUUACUUAUGAAGAGCUCAAAACUGGGUUAUCUAGGUUGGGAUCCAAGCUUUCAGAAGAAGAAAUACAAGAAUUGAUGGAAGCUGCUGAUGUUGACAAGAACGGGACGAUAGACUACAUUGAGUUCAUUACUGCUACCAUGCAUCGUCAUAGACUGGAGAAAGACGACCAUCUGUUCAAGGCUUUUCAGCACUUCGACAAGGACGGUAGUGGAUUUAUCACAAGGGAUGAACUCAGACAUGCUAUGACCGAGUACGGAAUGGGAGAUGAAGCAACUAUUGAUGAAAUCAUUAAUGAUGUAGAUAUUGAUAAAGACGGAAGAAUUAACUACGAGGAGUUCGUAACCAUGAUGAGAAAGGGAACUACAGAUGAUAAACAAGAAAUCAGCUUACUGCCUUCUCAGGAAUAAGGAAGUCUUUCGUUCUUUCAUCUCCAGCAAGCUAAGCAGCUUAUCCUGAGUCCUACAUGCGGCCGAUUCAUAUGUUUUCUCUCUCUCUCUCUCUUGAUGUGAAUACGUGAAUCUUUUUGUCUGGAGUGCAUUGUGAAAGAUAAACAUGAUUUCGUAGUUUUCUUGAGAAUAAAUUUGCUGAUAUC